GCCAAGAAAACCGGAAACCUCCGGUACUGAGCCGAGCGAGUUCGUUCCGCUGUUGCGUAGGUAUGGGCCGAAGGAGAGCGCCCGGUAGUGGGUCUGUGGGCCGGGUCCUAAUUCGGCAUCAGGCCCAGCGAAGCCGUAGCCGCCGUCAUACCGACUCCUGGUUGCACACAAGUGAACUCAACGAUGGCUAUGAUUGGGGUCGUCUUAACCUUCAGUCAGUGACUGAGCAAAGCUCCCUUGAUGACUUUCUCGCAACUGCAGAACUUGCAGGGACAGAGUUUGUAGCUGAGAAGCUUAAUAUUAAGUUUGUGCUCCCUGAGGCUAGAACUGGACUGCUGUCUUUUGAGGAGAGCCAGAGAAUUAAGAAACUCCAUGAAGAAAACAGACAGUUCUUGAGUAUACCAAGGAGGCCAAAUUGGGAUAGGAAAACUAGCCCAGAAGAACUGAAACAGGCAGAGAAAGAUAACUUCCUAAAAUGGAGACGUCAGCUUGUCCGGCUAGAAGAGGAACAAAAGUUGAUAUUGACUCCAUUUGAACGAAAUUUGGACUUUUGGCGCCAGCUCUGGAGGGUCAUUGAGAGAAGUGAUAUCGUGGUCCAGAUAGUAGAUGCUCGAAACCCACUCCUGUUUAGAUGUGAGGAUUUGGAAUGUUAUGUCAAAGAGAUCGAUGCUGAUAAGGAGAACAUUAUUCUCAUAAACAAGGCAGACUUGUUGACUGCUGAGCAGCGGUUCACCUGGGCCACAUAUUUUGAGAAAGAAGGUGUGAAGGUUAUUUUCUGGUCAGCUUUGGCUGAAACGCUCCAUCUGAGUGGUGACUCUAAGGACCAAGUAAACAGAGUUGCUGGAGAAUCCACCACAGCUGAUUCUGAAAGUUCCAGUUUGGAUGAGAAUGAGAUUUCACACAGUGAGACUGACCAUCUCCCACACAGGGGUUCUCUCUCACUUAGUGAAGAUUCCAUGAGUGGCAGAGAUGACAGUGAGUAUGAGGACUGCCAGGAGGAAGAGGAAGAUGAUUGGCAGACAUGCUCAGAAGACGGCAGCAGUCCUGAUGAGGGGACCUAUGAUCAGGACUGGAAGGCACACUGUACUGUAGAUUCUGAGGCUCAGAGCAGAACAGCCCCAGAGGGGCAGCAGAAACACAGUUUUAGCCACCUGGUAUCGAAGCAGGAAUUGCUGGAACUCUUUAAGCAGCUGCACACUGGAAAGAAGGUGAAAGAUGGGCAGCUCACUGUUGGACUGGUAGGUUACCCUAAUGUUGGUAAGAGUUCAACCAUCAACACCAUCAUGGGCAACAAGAAAGUAUCUGUGUCUGCCACACCUGGUCACACCAAGCACUUCCAGACUCUGUAUGUGGAGCCUGGCCUCUGCCUGUGUGACUGCCCAGGCCUGGUUAUGCCAUCCUUUGUUUCUACCAAGGCAGAGAUGAUUUGCAAUGGAAUCCUCCCAAUUGACCAGAUGAGAGAUCAUGUCCCACCCAUAUCACUAGUUUGCCAGAAUAUCCCCCGACAUGUUUUGGAAGCUACCUAUGGCAUUAAUAUCAUAAAACCUAGAGAAGAUGAAGAUCCCUACCGACCGCCAACCUCAGAAGAACUGUUGACAGCUUAUGGAUGUAUGCGAGGAUUCAUGACAGCACAUGGACAGCCAGACCAACCUCGAUCUGCACGCUAUAUCCUAAAGGAUUAUGUCAAGGGUAAACUACUGUACUGCCACCCUCCUCCUGGAAGAGAUCCUGUGACAUUUCAGCAUCAACACCAGCGAUUCCUAGAGAACAAAACAAAGGUUGAUGAAGUAAAAGUGCAGCUGGGCAGAAAUCAGAAGGCGAAGCAGAUUGAAAAUGUAGUUGACAAAACUUUUUUCCAUCAAGAGAAUGUGAGGGCUCUGACCAAAGGGGUCGAGGCUGUGAUGGGUUACAAGCCUGGGAGUGGACUGGUGACUGCAGCUGCUCUGAGUACUGAGAAUGUGACUGGGAAGCCUUGGAAAAAACAUGGCAACAGAAAUAAAAAAGAGAAAAGUCGUAGACUUUACAGACAUCUGGAUAUGUGAAUGGGGCUGAGCGAAAACAGCAUCCGCACUGUGCACAUGGACAGGAACAAAUGCUGCCGCCUCUGGAACUCCAGCACUGUGGACUGAACUCCGCUCCUGUGGACCAGUCACACCGAGACAGGGCUUCCCAAAACACCAAGUAGUCACCGGAGAGACCAGAAACCUCUUGCCAAAGUCUCAUGAGUAUUCAUUUGUAUAGCAUACACACAAAUACUUAUUACUUUUGAAUGUUUUUGAAAAGUUAUUAAAAUUAAUUUGCCAUUAA